CUCUGCUCCGCCGGUGAGCUCCUCAGAUUGUCUAACUAUCGCUGAAAUGGAAAACAACCCUUUUACUGAAGUCGACGCCACCACUAGUGACGUUUCUACUGAAGCCAAUCCUUCUGUUUCUUCGAACUCAGCUGAAUCUCAUCUUAAUCACCUCAACAAUGGCAGCACUGAGGCUGUAGCGAAAGCUUUAUCAUCAAUGCUCACCUCUCUCAUCCAAGACUUCGAUUCCAAAGCUCAAAACGCCCUCGACAGCCAAGACCAGCUAAAUUCCGCCCUGGAUCGUCUUACCCGAGAGUUGGAUCAGUUAUUGGAGGAUGCUCCUUUGCCAUUCAUUAUCCAGCAUGCAUCCAAGAUUUCUGGUGUUAGAAAGAGAGUUUCAUCAUUGAACUCAGUUCUGAAAUCGAUUCAAUGGCGUGUUGAUAGUAUAGACAGAAUACUACAAACUGGCAUGCUACAUGGUAAGUAAAUUAUUUUCAUGAUAGUUUCAUUUUUUGAUAUUUAAUUAGACAUAGUCUGAGCCCUUUGCAGAAGGUUGUCUUCUAGAUCACUGUGACUGCCACCUCAAUAUAGUAACUCUUCCUUCAACUUCUUUUGGGGGCUUUCAAUCUGUCAGAUUUUUCUUCUCUUUUUCUCUUUCUGUAUAAGUUCAUCACAGGCAGAAUUUGCACGUGGUUCUAAUAUAAAUUUUUCUUACUGAUUUUAAUUUUGAUGCCUGUGUUGAUUAUUGAGUUGGAUGGAGAUAAAUGCAUUUGUUGCAUUGUUUUAGUGGUUCUCAAAUGAUUUCUGUUUUUUGGGUGCUGAGUUUAAGUCAUAAAAUCUUGUGCAAAAAGCACUGGGAGGGGGAUUUGAACCCCAGAAUCUAGGUUGGGGAAGUGUCACUUUACCAAUUGAGCUGCAAGGUGAAGUGUCAGGUAAUUUAGUAACUUAAUUGAUAAUUAAAUGACCUGUAAGAGUGCAAGGCAUGUCUAAUGUCUCUUGUCAAGCGGGUAGACAUUGAGUUAAUUUUGUAGUUUGGGGACCAAGACCAGUCCACAUUGCACAAAAAUAAAAGUUGGAUUCCUGAACCACAGCUUUGAGCCAAGUUAGAGGGUCAGAAUCAUGCAUUUGGAAGUUAUUGAUUACAAUGAACUUAUGCAACUUGUAUUCAUUCAUUUGUUAUUUAAGUAUUCUGGAAUAAAAGCUGGAUUCUCAUUCUAGUGAUGCUUAUGAUUUAUGUCAGUGUUUUAUUUGAUUUUCCUGAAUUCUUAUGUUGUAACCACAGAAAAGACUGCCAGAGAACAUUCCUCAUAAUAUCUGCAUCACCUGUUGUGCUACUGUUAGGAAACACUAGGUAGAGAGGCUACCUUGGAUCUCUGCUGGAUGUACCUCCUUGCAGCUAGGAAGCACCUCAUUCACUGUUCUUAACAUGGCCAAGGAAAUGUCAAAGGAGAGCUAAUCAAAGAUACUUGACAAAUGUAAUAUUUGCAAUACAUAGUUUGUAAUUUAGAGUACAUUUAAGAAUUAUAUGGCAAUCUAAUGACAGGGAUAAGUUAGUCUCUUCCCUCUUUAUUCUCUUUUACCUUUUUAGAUUACUUUUUACGUCAUGAACUCUACUAAACAAAAUCUUCAGUGAUCCUUAUAUUCUAUCUUUAAGGAGCAUCAAUACAUAUUUUCGGCCUGA